UGGACCCGACGACAACACCCCCUCGACAACCACAACCCCCACCCCGGCCCUCUUCCCCGCCUCCACAAGCCCCGCGCUGCUCGCCCCGAGCCCCUGCACGCUCCACUCGCUGCUGCCGCGGUGCAGCGCCAGGAAGCCGUACACCACCAGCUGCGGUGGAAACUGGUCGUUGCCUGCUUUUCCGUUGGGGUGUGGUGGUUGUGGUGGUGGUGGUGCUGGUGGUGGGUGCGGGGGUUUGUUGUGUUUGUUUCUUGUGGAUGGGGAGGGCAAGGAAGCGGUGGUGGACGGGUGAGAGGAGAAAACGGACAGGAAGGCGCGCAGGUGUGUUACCGUCGGCACGAACACCGUGCGUAUGCCCCGCGUGGUGGCGAGUUGUGCGAGGGAGGGGGUAAGGAGGGGGUGUGGUUUGUUUUGUUGCUGAUGGUGGUGGUGGUGCUGCUGCUGGCCUGGCUUUGGGUCGGGUUGUGGGUGAUCGGUUGGCGGUGGUUGUGGUGGUGGUGGUGGUGGUGGGUUGGAGUGAGACGGAUCUGUUGUGGCUUGCUGAGUGGUGGUGGGGGCAUCCAAUGGUCUAUCUGCGGGGAGUGGUUGGGGUUGUUGCUGUUGGUGGAAGAGGUCCUGUGUGAGGGAAGACAGGAAUCUUUUCAACAGUGCUGUGUCCCUCAUGCAGUUGUAUCACUUGGUACACAAUUGACACAACGACCCCCUGCUUAAUUGUUUGCAUCCGAGCUCCAGACCGGCCCCGAUCGA